AUGCUGGAAGUAUGCGAUAACAUGGUACUUUGUAGGACACAAAAAAUGACUCUGGAAUACAAUGAAAAGAUAGAAACUGUCAACCGUGAGAGGAAAUUUCAUCAGCAAAACACUGGUGGACAACUCCAUGCCUUGACAGUAGAAUGGCAGGAACUGUGUCAGAAAAACAUGGCUAUUCAAGCUGCCUGUGUUGAUCUACAGAAUCAAAUUGAUCUGCUUAAACUUGAAGCUAAAGAACAGGGAAUGCCAAUGGCUGGUAGCAAUGAAACUAACCCACAAGCAUCAGUAGGGAUUUGA